UUUUAAGGUACGGUUUCAGAUUGAUUUUAACCGCGUUAAUGAACGAACGAUUCGUCGUUUCGUAUUUGAUUUCGAGCUAUGUGGCCACCGGCACAUCCGUUUCAGAAGCAGCUGUGCGCUUUGUUCGUGUCUAUAGUUUUCGUGACGUAUUUUCUGGCCAGACGACAAAUGAUGAGUUUGGAGGAAAGCGUUCCGGCAUUCAACACCAGUUCGGAUGUGGACGAGUACUUGAGACUGCUGGACCAAAACGAAACGGACAAGUUUAAUGAAUUUUUCUCGAUAGAUGACAAUUUAAUGGACUUUACUUCUUUUGAUUGGUACAAUUCCACUUUGGUCAAUAACACGAGGGUGCUGUAUAUUCUGGGACUGUUUGAGCUGAGUACAAAGUACGGGGAACGGGUGCAAGGAAUUAGUGAAAAAUUAGCGGCCGAGUUAGCUGUUCAACACGUAAAUCAGCUUAAUGUUCUACCUGGAUAUCAAAUAAAAAUGUUGAUUAAUGAUACAAAGUGCGAUCCUGGUGUGGGAAUUGAUCGGUUUUUUCAUGCUUUGUAUUCAAACAAAACUAUCCUCAUGCUGUUGGGAACGGGAUGUUCAAACGUUACGGAGAGUUUGGCUAAUGUGGUGCCCUAUUGGAAUAUAUUACAGGUAUCGUUCGGUUCGACUUCGCCCUCGUUAAGCGACAGGAACAAAUUUCCGUUAUUUUUCCGUACGGUCGCUCCGGAUUCAUCCUAUAAUUUGGCCAAGAUUCAUUUUGUGAAGAAGUUCGGUUGGAAUGUGGUGGCCACGUUCAGCCAGAGCGAGAAUGCCUAUUUGCUGCCCCUUAAUAGGCUCGUCAAAGAAUUGGAGAAGGUCAACGUUACGUGCAUUUCAACCGUUACGUUUUCAUCCGAUAAUUACUUGGAACAGCUUAAAGUUCUGAAAGAUUUAAAUACAAGAAUAAUUUUUGCAAGUUUUUCGACAGAAAUGGCAACAAAAAUAUUCUGCGCAGUACACGAAUUGAAUAUGUAUGGAAUGGAAUACGUUUGGAUUUUGCAGGAUCAGGAGUAUAUUUGGAAUAACAAGUACUGCUCCAGUUUCUCGUUAAAAGAAUCUAUUGAGGGACUCAUAUUAGUAUCCAGUUAUGACAGAGUUUUUGCAAACGACUUAACAAUUUCUGGAAUGAAUUCUCAAAAAUUCCAAGACGUAUUAAAUGUUACACCAUCGACAAUGUCGAAGUACGCGAAACAAACCUACGAUGCUGUUUGGGCGAUGGCUUUGUCGUUGAGGAGAACCCAGGAGGUUUACUGGUUUGAUUCGUUGCACGAGUUUCAUUAUAAACGACAGGACAUGGUUUGCAACUUUUUGAAGAUGAUGAGUCAGUUAUCCUUCGCAGGUUUGUCGGGCCCCGUUCAGUUCAACGGUGCUGAUAGAAUUGGUGAUUCCAUUUUAAGGCAAAUUCAAGAUGGAAAACCCACCGACAUAGCAAUAUUCGAUUCGACGAAAAAUAAGUUGGAUUUCAAAUGCGGCAAAUGUGGAAACAUUUAUUGGCCUAACGGAAAAGUGCCAAUAGCACAAAGAAUCCUAAAACUCUCCUUGGUUAAGAUUCCCAACUUGCUUUUCACAUCUGUGGUGGCGGUAUCUUUGAGCGGACUGGUUGCAUCCCUUUUGUUCCUUUACUUUAAUCUCAGGUUCAGGAGAAUGAAAACCUUUAAGCUGUCCAGUCCGAAAUUGAAUAACGUCACUGUCGUCGGCUGCAUACUAGUGUACUUGUCGGUGAUUCUUCUUGGAUUGCACAACUUCUCCAUUAAGUCGAAUGUUUAUUUUAACGAGAUGUGUAUUGUGCGCGUCUAUUUGUUGUCUGCAGGUUGUUCGUUGAGUUUCGGCUCAAUGUUUGCUAAAACUUAUAGAGUUCAUCGACUUUUUACUUAUAGUGGGACUGCAGGUCUAGUCAAGGAUAAACUUCUGAAGGAUAAACAGCUGAUAGUGCUGAUACUGAUACCGUUGGUCAUAGAUGCAAUCAUAUUGAGUCUUUGGUCCGUUAUUGAUCCCAUGGAAAGGAAUCUCCAUAAUUUAUCACUGGAAAUUAGCACGAGGGAUCUCGGUAUCGUUUAUCAACCACAGGUGGAAAUCUGCAGAUCCCACAACACUUACGGGUGGUACAUUGCCCUCUAUGGUUACAAAGGUAUCCUGCUGAUAAUGGGCGUUUUCAUGGCCUGGGAAACGAGACACGUUAAAGUCCCCGGACUCAACGACUCCCAAUAUAUAGGAAUUUGCGUCUACAGCGCAGUUUUUAGUUCCAUCAUUGUGGUCAUAUCUAGCCUAAUAUCCGAGUAUGUAGUGCUAAGUUACUUGGCCAAAUGCAUAAGUAUUCUUAUGUCCACCACUAUCACUCUUGUUUUGCUGUUUCUACCCAAAUUGAAGUCUGUAUUUGGAAAGAUCGAUGCAGUCGAUCCCAUUAUGCAGAGCAUGGGCCUGAAAUUGGAAUGUAACACCCGCAGGUUUAUAUCCGAUGAUCCCAAAGAGGUAAUUUCCCGGUUGGAGAUACAGAACAAAGUAUACAGAUACGAGCUCGGUUUGCUAGAUAAAGAAAUUGCUCGGCUUGAGGAGUUGCUCAAUUCAAAUGCUUCCUACUCAACCAUAAACAUCAAUUUGAUAGAAACAAAAGCCGAAUGUUAUUACUUAAAGGUACCCUCACCGGUUGUGACAAGAGCUUCAUGGCCGAAUAGUCGUGGACAACUAGGGUUGCGCAAGCCUAGCUUCCAUUCCGACAACAAAUUGAACAAAGAAAAAUUCUUUGACAGGUUUAGUUUUCUGACAAAGCUCAAACACAUCUUUGGAAGUAUUCCGUCUUUGCAGGUCAGCAAAGAAGCUUUAGCAGACUUGAAUUUGUAUCACGUCAAGUGCAGCACCAAACCCAGAUCAAAUCCUGAGUUACAGUUACUUAAUCCAGAUAUUGGUAUAGUUAAAGCUCUAUCAGAAAACGCAAUCAACAAAUAAUUUGUAAAAUAGAAAUAUAUAGUUUAGUAGAACUUGGAAUAUAAUUUUUUAAUGAACUGUUAUAAAUA